AUGGCGUCAUCCCAGACGAUCGCUGUCGUAGCCGCCUGGGACAUCAAUCAGUAUUCUGAUGGUGGCGUUGAAGACGAAAAAACCGAUUCCAUGUUGCAGAAUCGCAGUGGCAUGUUAGCAACGUUUGGGACAUCGAACUUGUUGUGCAUAUUUGUUUGCUUUCAUGUUUGGAUGCUGCUGUCACGAUUAGCUGUCAAGCUCAAUGUUGCUGGCACAAAUCAACAGACCACAAAGCAGAACGGCCCGGUUGUACACAGCCAACGGGGUGAGCAGUUUGCAUGUCCUUCUUCGCAUCUUCGCAUCAUGAAGGCAAGCUGCAGGGCCGAUGCAAAGGCCGAGGAGCACAGCGCGGAAACUGUAGCCGAAGCUUCAACCUCAAGUGCAAGACAGCCAGAGGAGGACCAGGAACUGUCAAGAUUUCAUGCCAAAGCCAAAGCUCGGAGAAAAAACAGACAGAAACGAAUCCAGUACCAGUUCAUGUUCAAGGCGGGAGCCUUCGUCAUCAUGUUGACAGUGGUGAUGGUCACAAAGAAGGUUCAAGAGUGGUACAAAGGAGGUACCAACUCUACGGAAGUUGAGGCUCCGGAACCAGUUCCCGUUGCCAAGGGUGAACUCUGA